AAAAAUAAACACAGUGAGUGAGACGUAUGACCCCCACAAAGACCCCCAGCUCCAAUGAUAUAAGUAUCAAGAGGAGAGCCAGAGCUUGCCUCUCGGACAUUAAGACAGCCAUUCUCUCUACAUCUCAGCUGUACACCAGAGUAAAAAUGUCAGACAACGAAGAAGUGGAAGAGUACGAGGAGCUGGAGGAGGUGCAAGAGGAGGAGCAGGAGGAGGAGGAGCAGGAGGAGGUGCAGCAUGAGGAAGAGGAUCAAGAGGGGGAAGCGAAAGCAGAAGGUGAGGAAGAGACCACUCAAGAACAUGAUGGGGAAGAAGAGACAGAAGACGGAGGAGAAGAGGCUAAACCCAAAUUCCUAAAACCUUUCAUGUUGCCGAACCUGGUGCCCCCAAAGAUUCCAGAUGGAGAAAGAGUUGAUUUUGAUGAUAUCCACCGUAAGCGUAUGGAGAAGGACCUGAACGAGCUCCAGACACUGAUAGAAGCUCACUUUGAAAGCCGAAAGAAGGAGGAGGAGGAACUCAUCAGCCUAAAAGACAGGAUUGAGAAACGGCGUUCCGAGCGAGCAGAGCAGCAUAGGAUCCGCAGCGAACGCGAGAAGGAACGGCAGAAGCGUGUGGAGGAAGAAAGAGCUCGCAAGGAGGAAGAGGAAGCCAAAAAGAGGGCAGAGGAUGAUGCCAAGAAGAAGAAGACGCUCACCAGUCUGCACUUCGGUGGUUACAUGCAGAAGAUAGAGAGACGGAGUGGAAAGAAACAGACUGAGAGAGAGAAGAAGAAGAAGAUUCUUAGCGAUCGCCGCAAACCUUUGGACAUUGACAGUGCCAACGACUCCGCUCUCAGGGAGAAAGCAAAGGAACUGUGGAGCUGGAUGCGUCAACUAGAAGCAGAAAAGUUUGAGUUACAGUACCAGUUUACCAAACAGAAAUAUGAGAUCAAUGUCCUGAGGAACAGAGUUAGUGACCACCAGAAAACGACAAAGAGAACUAAGAGAGGCCUCAGGAAGUGAAUGCUGUGCUAAAAGACAUACUGGACUCCUCACAAACCCAUAGAAAUCAUGAAGAGAACGUUCAGGAGAGCUGUGUAUACUACUUCACUGAUUCAUUUGCUUUUAGUUAGUCCUACUGAAUAAACACUGGAGAUUUUGUCUGUGUACAACUGAACAAAAAUAAUUAAAAUAGUGCACCAAUA